AAUCGGAGUUAAUAAUUUUACCGUUAUAAAUUGAAUUCGAGGUGCUACGGCAGUGCCUACAACUGGGAUAUCCAUCUCAGAAGGAGACCUCAAUCACGUGGACCUAGCUCAGAACAAGAACGAAGCCCCCCAACCAAAUAUGCUAGCGGGUCGGGCAGGGAUAUUCGGACCUCUUAACACCUUCCAAUUCUCUAUGUAGAUUUUCUUACCUUCCUGUAAUAAUCUCUUUUGAUUGGAAAAGAUGGUUAACAAAACAAAGAAGAAACACAGAGAGGACACGCCAACUUCACCUUCGAACUCUGAUGACGAUGAAUCAGAAACCUCGGAUGAGAGACGCCUCCGGCACAAGAAAGACAGGCGAAGCAGCGAUGGGACUUCAAGAAGAGAGAAGGAGAAGAAGAGAGAGAGAAGAAGAAAGAGGAGAGAAAGAAAGGAAAAAGAAAUAGAAAGAGAAAAAGAUAGAAAAAGAAGGAAAUCAAGGAAGAAAAGGGUUUAUAACUCAGAAUCCAGGUCAAGUUCUGGAUCCGAUUCGGAGGAGCUUCGGGGGCAGCUAGUCAAGCCAGAAGAUGUAGUGAAAGUGAUGUUAAAGAAGUUUCCUAACGUUGGAGGUGACUUGAAGCAGCUGCUACAAAUGAUUGAUGAUGGACAAGCCGUUGACAUAAAGGGAAUUUCUGAGAGGUCUUUAAUUAAGCACUUGAAGAAGCUUUUCAUCUCCUUGAACCUUAAAGAAAAUGGAGAUAGAGUUUUUUUGCUGCCUUCGAAUGCUUGUCCUACUUUGGAGAUUGUUGGAUCUCUGAUUUUGGCCCAUUCAGAAUCUAAAGUGCAACAGAUUGAUGAUACGAACUCUGAACCGCCAGCUGCAGAAGUUAAACAACUUUCAGAUGAUAGUAACUUGUCAAUGCCAUCUCCAAUAGAUAAUUCUUCUCCACCAAGAAGAAGGAUGAUCGGCCCUGAAAUGCCAUCUGCUGAAUUACUUGCUGCUGCGGCAAAAUUAACAGAAGCACAAGCUGAGUUGAGAGAUGCUGAGUUGGAGGAAAAUACUGAACUAUUCAUAGGACCUCCCCCACCUGCUGUGGUUGCUGAGGCUGAAUCAGCAAAUGAAGCAGAGCGGUUUGAAGAGGUCACAAGAAUUAUGGGCGUUGAAGAUGAUUCCCCAUAUGAUAUUGUAGGAGUAAAUCAUAAAAUGUCUGCCGAAAAUAUAAAGAAGAGGUACUGGAAGCUGUCUCUUUUGGUGCAUCCAGACAAGUGUUCUCAUCCUCAAGCCCAUCAAGCAUUUAUCAAACUGAACAAAGCAUUUAAAGAGUUACAAGAUCCAGAGAAGAGAAAAUUGCUGGAUGAGAAAAUUAAACUCAAGGAGGAGAAGGAAGCAUUUGAGGUUGAGUUGAAAGCUAUGCGUGAAGCUGCACAAUGGAGAAGAUCACAAGGUAUAUCAAUGGAGGGUGAUGAUGAGCUCCUUGCAGAAGUGGAAGUUAAAGUAGCCCGAAGAGAUGAAUGGAUGACAACACUGCCUCCUGAAAGGAAACCCGGCAUGAGUAUGCAUUCCACAAAAUUCAGCAUGAGCUCUAAGGAAGGACGUGGUGACACUAGCGUUUGGACAGAUACCCCAUUAGAUAAAGCACAGAAAGCAAAGAUGAAUUACUUGGAAGCUUACAAUGAGGCUGCGGCACUCGCUUUAAAUGAAGAAGAAAAGAAAAAUGUAAGUGCAGAUGCAGAUUUGGUAGAUAAGUACAAUAAAGCAAAAAGAUCAAAAUCUCUAGUACAAAAGCACCAAGAAGAGGUCGUAACUCGUUCAAAGAAAAAAUCCAAGCAGCAGCAGCCAGAGAAAGAAGACUGGGUUGGGCAGCAUCCAUGGAAGCCUUGGGAUCGCGAGAAAGACAUCGUGGCUGGAAGGAAGAGUAUAAAGUUUGAUUCAGACAACAUGGCUCAGGGUUUGUCUUCCAGGUUUUCCUCAGGAAACUUUCAAAGGAACUUCCUUUAGUUCAUGGAUCGGCUGCUUGUGUAUGUAUAGUGGUAGUUUCCUGCAUGCUACAGUCAUAGAUGCACAGAUUUUUCAUACUUGUGUUGGCUAUACGUAGAGUUGUCUUGACGCUUGAGAAUAUGCAUUAUGAGCUAGAAAAGAUAAGAGAAUUCUGUGGAA